CCAAACCUUGACAACAAAGCGGCUGUUUGCUACCUGUAACGGUCGGACAGUUAUUCUUUAUGUAAACUACGUUUCUUUACCUUGACAUCUUUGUCAAAACUCAGCUGAGCAGCGGCGGGAAGGAGAGUUUUUCCAGUUUGAAUAAAACUUUUUUUUUCACUUCCCUGCUGUACAAAUGUCAACAUGGCUGCGAAGACUGACCAACUUCUCAUCGUUGUGUCCAUUCUGGAAGGUCGUCACUUCCCGAAGAGUCCUCGGCUCAGUCUGGUGGUUCAGGCGAGCUUUGACGGAGAGCAGCUGGCCACGGAUCCUGUAGAGCACCGAGAGCAGCCGCAGUUCAGCACCGAGCUGGCCUGGGAGCUUGACCGCAGGACGCUGCACCAGCACAGACUGCAGCGAACUCCCAUCAAGCUUCAGUGUUUUGCUGUUGACCCUGUCAGCAAGAAAAAAGAAAGCGUCGGCUACAUUGUCCUUGACCUUCGAUCAGUUCAGGAGGUCAAACAGGAGCCGCGCUGGUAUCCACUGCUCAGCAGUAAAUACACCAAACAGAAACCUUCCCUCCUGCUCAGCAUGGUGUUGGAGAAUGACAACAAGCCCUCUGAACCUUCACCUGAUAGGUUCAAAGCCAAGAAGGCCCCGCCCCGACAAGGUUCCUCCUCGGUGACCGAUCUACUCCCAGAGAAGCUGGAGGCCAUACUGAUCCCAGACCAGGGAUACCAUCAAGUAGGGCCGGCAGAUCUUUGCACCGACAUGUUUGUCCUUUCUGUCACCGUGGCCUUCGCAACCAAACUAGAGCAGUUGGUCCCCAGCACCAUGAAACUGUCAGCGGAGGGCUCAGAGUUCUUCUUCUACUAUUCUUUACUGGGGAACGACAUAACCAGCGAGCCUUUCCAGAACCUGUUGAGUCCUGACUUUGAGCCAGAGCGCGCGUCUGUGCGCAUCCGCAGCAGCAAACAGAUCCUCAAAGCUUUCCUGUCUCAGCAGCCCAGUUUACAGAUCCACCUGUGCUGUGGGAAUCACUCUUUGGGCAGCACUGACGUUUCUCUCUCAGCUCUGGCUGGUAUUUCCACGGAUCUGGAUAACAAAGCAGCAACACUAGAGGGAGCCUUUCUCCUGCAGCCUCCGAAGCAAGUCAAGCAGACACUACCUGCUCUGCCCACCGACCUGCAGCCGACUCUGGGAGUGGCUGUAACCCUGAGGAGGGAGGAGGUCGCACUGCAGUCUGUAGGGAAUAAAGAGGCUAGUGGAGCGCCGUCUCCUGCUGUUCCUCCUGCUGAACAGAGACCUCGAAGCUCUUCUCCAGUCCAUAAGCCUGCAGGGUCUCCUCCACAUCCUGGUCCUCGUGGUCCUCCUCUCCCUCCUCCUUCAUCUCAUACAGAGAGCGAAGCAGAGAGUCUGCUGGAUGAGCUUCGGCACGGCAGAGAGCCGACAGGAUUGGCAGCUACAGAUUUGGAGGCUCCAGCGUCGCUGCCCAGACAGCCUGAGGCUGCAGCGGAUGGUGGAAUGUCAUCCGUCAGUGUUUCUGCUCCCAAAGUCUCCAUCCCCCCCUCCGCUCAUCACUACUGCUUCUCUCUGGACCUUCGCAGCCUGGGAAACCUCAGCUUACCCCACCCCAUUGCUGCUACGCUCAGGUACUCCUACCAGUUCUUCGGCAGUGCUGCUCCGAUCAUGACUAACCCUCCUGUGGAGCUGCAGAGGAACAUGGAGGUGUCUCUGCCUCAGUCCUACUGCGCCUUCGACUUUGCUGCCCUGCCACAGCAGCUACAGGAAACCUUCAGCAGAGUUCCUCUGGUGGUGGAGGUUUGGCACAGAGACACAACCAGCCGUGACCAGCUGAUUGGACGAGCCUCCAUUCAACUGUCUCAGCUGUUGAGCACUGAGAAGAGCAGAUUCCUGGGAUCAACUGGAGAGCAGUGCUGGAGACAGACUCACCUGGACAGGAUCCUUGUGGGCCAAAAACACCGGCCUGGUGAGAAGGUGGCAGAGUUGGGCUACAUGGCAACGCUAGAGGACCUGGGAUUGGUUAAAGCCACAGAGGUCAUAGUGUCUGACUCAUCACAGAAUGAAGUUCCACCUCGCUUGCAGCCAUCCUUCCACCCUGCAGUGCCCAGACCUGCAGCUUCCAGCCUCCACACAGCACCACGGGGUCCUACGGUCCCCAGAGAGACUCUGGAGUACCGCACAGCCCUGGAGCUGGAGAUGUGGAAGGAGGAGCAGGAGGAUCUGUUUGAUGAUCAGCUGAGGAAGAAGGAGCUGAGCCACAUGCAGGCGUUAGCAGAAGAGUGGAGGAGGAGAGACCGAGAGAGAGAAGCUCUGGUCAAGAAGAAGGAGGUGGAGUAUAACCUGCUGGAGGAGCAGCUUCAGAAGACUUUGUCUGAUCUGGAGAAGAGAGAGAAACAGUUGGCUGAGGCUGAGCUAGAGACUCAGAGGCUGCAGAGGGAGCUGCGGGCCGAGCAUGAGCUGACCCAGAGGGAACUGCAGGAGAGCAGCAGGCGACUGCGACAGGAGUGCGACCACCGGGUGGCGCUAGAGAGAGAAAAAGUCCGACUGAUGGAGGAGGAACGAGCCCGUUUACUGCAGCAGAUUGCAGAUGGUGAGUCUCGGUACAAACAGCUGGAGAAAGAGUUCCAGCUGUUCAGAGAACAACAGAACAUCAGACCCGAGUUCAGACUGCAGUCAGAGAUCAACCUGCUCACCCUAGAGAAGGUGGAGCUGGAGAGGAAGCUGGAGUCCGCCACUAAAUCCAAGCUACACUACAAGCAGCAGUGGGGGCGUGCCUUAAAGGAGCUUGCUCGAUUCAAACAGCGGGAGCAGGAAAACGCCAUGACGCGUCUGAAGAAACAACAGGCUGAGCUCGAAGCCAUGAGGCUGCGUUACCUAGCAACAGAGGAGAAGGAGGCGGUCCGACAGGACAGACAGGAGCUGGACAGCAUCAGGAACGAGCUCAACAGGUUAAAACAGCAAGAUGACAGAUUAGGCCCCACCCCCUCUGUGCUUGACCCCGCCCCCGGUCUGGCUCUGAGCGAGAGCGCCGAGGAGCACCUGAGCCGCCUGUUGGAAGAGAGAGACGCGUUGCUAAGGACUGGAGUUUAUACCCACGAAGACCGAAUCAUUGCCGAGCUCAACAGGCAGAUACAGGAAGCCAUGACGGACAGAGGGAAGCUCUGACCGCUGCUGGAGCCGUCCAAUUAGAGUCUGAGUCACACCUGAGGCUGCAGAACUCAAGCACAUGAUGGUGGAUGAACUCUCCUGGAGUCCUGAAGCUUCAACAGCGUCUGUUACAUAAAUCAACCUCUAUUUAAAAUCUGUGUGUUUAUCUGUGAACGAGUGAGUGUUGUAUAAAAACUCAGAAUGUGGCUUUUAAAGCAUCAUCCUGCUGAUUUUCAGUGUUUUACCUUUAAAAUGACAAAUGCAUAACCUUCAAGGACACUGCAACAUUACAACAAUGAGUGUUUGUUAGUGUAUUAACUGUGUAAAUAGACUCGUCCUUCAUUUGUUGUGCCAGUGAACGCACCACAGGCUCAAACAAUGAUUAGUUAAUUGUUCGAUUUCUUCCUUUAUUUCAUGUUUUGUGAAUAUCUGAAAAAGAUAUUCGGUUUAGUUUAACAGAGGAUCAGGAAAACUUCCAUUUUAUUUCAUUCCAUGCAGAUUAUUUAUUUUGUUGAAGUUAUUAUGCUCAUUUUUACAUAAUGGCUGCUUAGGAGGCAGAGAAUAAAUUAUAAUAAAAACUCAUCUUUUGAUUUUUGGAUCUUGUUAAAAUCAACAAGAUCAGACGUUUCUUUACUAAAAACAGGAAACCAGCAGAGUGAUCCUUUAGAGCCUGAGGCAUUACUGAGUAAAUGUUCUUUUUAAGUUAUUAGAGACUCUGAUGAGCCUGUGUGCAGUGUUGAGGAGUUUUUCUGUGUGACAGCAGGUGGCGCUGUAGCCUCAGAAACUCUCCUGCAAACACUGAGAUCUAAUUUAUUUUUUAAUGAUCAGAGACGACUGAUCUGUGUGCACGUCUGGAAUAAAUUAUUUUGAGAGAAAAGCUGCUGUGUGUCUUUCAUUAGUGUUUUUUAAA